AUGUCUACGCUACUCAAACUGUAUCUCUUCGCCUACAAUGCCGUUCAAGCCAUCGGAUGGGCACUCUCUCUGUUCAGAAUUUUGAGUAAUUCCUUCUCAACUCACUCCGUCAGCGGCGCUUAUGCUUCCGCCGGUGAAUUAAUCUGUUUCUUGCAAUCUCUUGCCUUCUUGGAAGUUGUACAUGGAGCUAUAGGGAUUGUUCCUAGUGGAGUACUGUUUCCUCUGAUGCAAUGGGGUGGGAGGACUCAUUUUCUGUUAGCCAUUGUACGACGUAUUCAUGAGGUCCAAGAACUACCAUCAGUCUUCAUAACUUUUGUUGCUUGGAGCUUAUCUGAGGUGAUCAGAUAUUCGCACUAUGCAGUUAACUGCUUUGGCCACCCGCCAUAUUGGAUCACUUAUCUCAGGUACACCGCGUUCAUCAUUUUGUAUCCCAUAGGAGUUGCUCCUGGAGAAAUUUGGCUCAUGUAUCAAGCCCUUCCAUUGAUCAAGGAAAAGAAGCUAUAUGCAGAUUUCUUUUUUGGCCUUCCUUUUGGCUACUACAGAUUUGUUUCGUUUACAUGUCCUGUAGCUAUUCAGGCUUCAUUUUCAUUAUACAUUGCUCCAUAUAUAUCUUCUUGCAUCAUUUCUUUGUUUUGCUAUACAUGCUCAUUGAGUUGCAAUUGUUAUCAAUUUGUUGUACCAGAUUCUGCUGAUCUUCUAUCCAUUUUUGUGGCUGAAACUGUACCUGCACAUGUUCAAGCAGAGAUCAUCAAAACUUGGAAAACAACAGAAGAAGAAGAAAAACUGAAAAUGUGA